AGAACGUCAGCAGGCUGUAAUGCACUGCAUCCUUGAGCGUCGCUGCAGCGCUGGCCGCGCAGAAUGCCGCUGAUACCAACACACACCUUCUCUAGGAUACACGCACCUGCCGCAACAGGGGAAAACUAGUGCUUAUUUCCCUUACACUGUUUAAGCUCCAAGGGUUUGACCUCUGACCAUACCCCAGUGGGACGGAAGCUUGGAGGUAACAGCUUGGCAUUAUGGGACGAGGUACAAGAAGUAGUGAAGAAAAAACUUGUGAGAAUGUCAAGACACUGGCCUAAGGGGAUUGCAUAACACCGUGUCCAUCGUCCUUCAUUAUUGCCAGAGUCAUGAGUCAGUUGACAGGUUGAUGAAAAGAACAACGUCAGCAGCCUUUGCACUAAAUUUUAAUUAAGAAUGAACUCAUAUUCCUCUAGUGGAAAGACUCAUUUUUUACUCGGCUUAAAGUUGUAUCAGCAACUAUGAGUGAGAUAGACUUCAGCACUCCAUCAGACACCACCUAGAAUUCAGCCAAGAGACUGUGCUGAUAUUUUAAAAGGAAAAAGGCAACAUUUCCCCACACAGCCUGGCCCUCCAGGACUAGUGUCAUUGCUGAUGUAAUGCUUGUCAUGGCCAGUGUCACUGCUGCGGAGGAUUCGGCAAAUGAAAGUACCACACCAAUAGGAAAUCCACUGCCAUUAAAAUCGUCUACAACCUCAACAAAUGACCAAAGCCAAGGACGUGACAGCAAUACCUGCCCUCCAGCAGUACCUCCGCCUCCACCUCCACCUCCUCCACCACCUCCCCAGGCACCAGGUAAUUCUGGCCAACAUGCGUCACGCAAGAAACGACGCGUACGGAGCUUCUUCUGGAAAACCAUUCCAGAGGAGAAGGUUAGGGGGAAACCCAAUAUUUGGACUCUAGCGGUCAGACAACAGCAGUAUCAGAUUGAUGUGAAGACAGUAGAAGAGCUUUUCGGCCAGCAGGAGGAAGUUCGAACUCAGACAAGCGGUGGGCAUUCUCGUACUGGGAGAUCCAGAGGUUCAUUCAAGGAGAGCAAGGAUGAGAUCAGCAUCUUGGACUCCAAGAGAGGAAUGAACAUUGGAAUUUUCCUCAAACAGUUUAAGAAGUCCAAUCAUGCAAUAGUAGAGGACAUCCGUCUGUUCAACAGUAAGCAAUAUGGAGCUGAGCCGCUGAAAGAACUGCUCAAACUACUACCAGAAGCAGAUGAGGUGAAGAGAUUGAGAGAAUUCAAAGGAGACGCAAAUAAGCUGACACUGGUUGAUUCCUUCAUGUUCCAGCUCAUUCAAGUACCACGCUUUGAUGUGCGUAUCGAGGUCAUGGUACUUCAAGAAGAGUUUUUCCCAUUAUGUACUGCCAUGAGUCGUGACAUCAACAUUGUGCGCCAGGCAACUGAAGAUCUAAUGAAUUGUGAAGAGCUCCAUGCCAUUUUACAUUUGGUUCUCCAAGCGGGAAAUAUCAUGAACGCAGGUGGCUAUGCAGGAAACGCUGUAGGCUUCAAAUUGUCCUCUCUUCUCUCUCUGGCUGACACAAAGGCCAACAAGCCUGGCAUGAACCUGCUCCAUUUUGUGGCAUUAGAAGCACAGAAAAAGGAUGAGGCACUUUUAAAGUUCCCAGAGAAGCUAACACAUAUUCAGAGUGCAGCCAGAAUUUCAGUAGAAAAUAUAGAAGGAGAGUUUUCCUCACUCUAUGUGAAAACACGGUCUUUGGAACAGAAGAUUCAAGAUGACGAUGAGCUGCAAAAGCAGCUAGAUCCAUUUUUGCAGAGCUCUGCAAAAGCCUUGCAGGACCUUAAGCACCGCAGGCUGGACUUGCGCAAAGAGGGUAAUGCCCUCAUUGACUUCUUCUGUGAAGACAAAGACACCUUCAAAUUGGAUGAGUGCUUCAGAAUCUUCCAAGAUUUCUGUCUAAAGUUCAAAAAAGCUGUGAAGGACAACUCGGACAGAGAACUGAAAGAGGAAGCUAGACAGCGCCGCUUACGGGAACUAGAGGAGAGACGGUGUGCCUGGGGUGCAGCCAAUAUUGAAACAGGUGGUAAUGGAGGUUUUGGUCGCAGCAGCAGUGAAAAUGAUGUUGACAUCUUAACCAAAGAUGGCCUCCUAGACUUCCUGCUUCAAUCAAGACCUCAAAGCCCCCACAGUCCUUUAGGACGCUCAGCUAGUGCUCGCCGCUACCACCACACAUCUAGUGACCGCAGCCUCCGUGGCUAUAUGGAGCUGGUCUCUGGGUCUUCAGCAAGUGAAUACGCCAAAUUCAGCAGCCUGCCACGUUCAAGCAGGAACCAUCAAAGAAAGACCAUGCCAUGGCUUGUCUUGCAGGAUGAUAAUAGAGAGCUAGAUCCACAAAGUCAGGUUUACCAAGAGAAGCUAGCAGCUUCACCAACGGCUGAGACUGAACCAAUCAGUCCUUUGGCAAGAUACUCAAAUUUAGGCUACAACUUGAACAGUGAUCCCUAUAGUAAUAAUAAUAACAACUAUAGUUCUCUUUCUGAAGGUGGUCUUACACCUCGAUUAAAUAAAACAAAGAAUGUCUUUCAGGGGACAUCUGGUCAAGGCAUUGGACACAUGAAUGUUUCUGUUGAGAAACGCAAACUAGUGCCUGGGCUUCAACCCUUUGAGAUAACCAGCCAGAUCAAUAAUAACAGUCAUGUUUCUUUGGACAAUCAACAUGAAGUGUGUGUGACUGAUCUGGAACGAGAAGACCUUCCCAAAGCUUUUGUUCUUGAUACACCACCAUCUAGUAGGAGUUCUGAGGAGGGGCAUAAGCUAGAAAAAGUAUGGAAUGACAAAAUAAUCUCAUCACAGAGAGACGAAGCAGACACAAGUACCUUCUCUUCAACAUCUUGUGACACCCCAUUGCCCCUUGAUCCCUCCAGUAAGAAACCUGUGUUUUAUGUCAUGGACUGCACUGAAACGGAUUGUUCCAUUGUGUUGGACUGUUCUGAGAUUGAGAGUUCUCCUAUUAUAAAAGAAGGACCUGGACUUAUCCCAAAGUUACAGGAUGUCAACUUUCCAAGAAUCAUUCAAGACACCAAUUCUCUUUCAUCCAAUUUUGAGUCUUCAGACUGUCACUUUGUGUCCACAUCAAGUGAUGAACCAAUUGUAGGAAGGGUCGAUCAAACUUCAGAAUCAGUCAGUCCAUCUGUAACAACUGAAGAAGCAGAGACAGACAGCUGUGAUACAGCUGAAGGGCAAAGAGUUGAUGAGAAAAGUGUUCAGACAGGUAGCCCCAAAACGACACUUAUCAAAACCAAGACUUCAUCCAAAGGGAUGACUGCUCACACCAGCCGUCCUACAAGAACCCUCACAGCUACUGAGACUCAGAACAUGCGAAAAGUAGUGCCCAUUACAAGGCAAAAUCGAUCUAGUAGCAGCAUGAGAAAGGUUGAUAAACCACCUGUACAUGAGAGCUCUGAACCCAGACGUCCAUUUCGAGACCAAAGCAUGCCAGCCAGAAGAGGCGAGAGACAAGGUAGACCUACAAGACAUUCAAGCCUUCCACCAGAGGAUCCUAGGACACCAAGAGGUUCGACACCAAGCAGCUCUCGUUGGGGAAGGGACUCAAUUCAACACAGGCCCUCCAUCAAGAAAGCCAAUGCCAAACCUGUUCGUAACAUUCCUAAACCAGCACCAGAGGAAAAGAUGUGUCGCUCUACAAUGCGUGCCUUGGCUCAAGCUCAGGCUCAAGGAACCUCAGAAGGAGGUACCGCUGACAGCCCUAACACCACCCCAAAAAGUUCUUCACCUUUGCCUAGCUUUGCUCGCAACACUGUGGCAUCUACUUCUAGAUCUAAAAAAGACAUGCCAUCAGCAACUGUAACCGGAACACCAUCAAAGAGCCUAUCGAGAACUAGCUCUCAGAGAUUGCCUGGUGGUAGAACAGAGUCUGUCAGUAGCGGGCCUUUACCAAGGAGUGAGGAUAAACUAGGAGGCUCGAUUAGGAGGGUUCAAAGUGUAAGAGCUUCCAGUCGAAGCAGUGACACACCUUCACAAUCUGGUCGGGAUCACUCCCUUAAAAGUAGCAGUUUCUCAGACAGAUCCACACCAACUAGAGACACCAUCAUCUCCAGCAGGACCAGCAAACCCACAUGGAAAUAGGGCGGACUUGUUAAAUAGUGGUUCUAAAAACAAUGUUCAACAAGGAAAAUCAUUUUUUUUCUGCACAUACUUAAGAGGCACAAAUGCCUUUUAAAUUAUUCUGAAUGUAUCUACAGCCUUUGUAGCUGAAUUUGUGUUGCUAGAUGCUCAGCAAGACUUUCAAGAAUUCCAUGAGCUACUGUCACCAUUUGACAGCACAUUUAAUAGCACUUCCACAUCCACGAGAGGAUGGUUUUGAUGGCCUUUUCUUACAUAUACUUGACACGUUUUCAUCUGUCACAGAAAACACAUCAAUCACAAAUUGUACUUGGUGUUAGAUUAAACAUGUUUUAUAUUCUAUAUUAAUACUAAGACCUUGUUGAGAUGUUCUCACAAAUUGCUGAGAGCAAAUAAAAUAGAAAACAAUGUCAAAUAUAUACACACAUAUGCUUGCUCUAUUUUAUAUAUGUAGUAAAAGUAAUUGUAGUACUGUUUACUAGGGUAACAUUUCAAUUCAAACUACUUAAUGAACACACAAAGAUUCAUCUAAAUGUUCACAGUGCAUGAUGACAAAUCAACCUGAAGACUGUUUGAUCUUACAUGUCUAUGAAUGUUCUCCAAAUACACCUUAGUGUAGCUGAUGCAAUGAGUACUACAGCUAGUAGUUCGAAGAUGCCUCUCCAGUGAUGGUUUUUAAAAUGCUCAAAAUACUUUGCCGAGUUGCUUGUUUUCAAUUUGCCUUUUCAUGCAGGGUACAAGCGCUGUACACUGUCUUGCUGCUGAUGACACUGUAUUUUGUGACUUCUCUGUGAACAUGCUGUACUGCUAGCUCUUUAUUUUUAAAGCCAUAUGGUCAACCAGGAGUGGCAAAACCUGGUGCUAGAGACUGUGAAGUUUCAGUUUGGCCUGAGAAAGCUCAAACAACAUAUGCAUCAAAUGUUCUCACAGUAUCUGCUUAAUAUUAAUUUGACAGGUAGUCAAAUAAAAGUAUGUUUACAUACAAAAGUAUGUGUUGCUUUACACCUAGCAAAAUCAGUGUUAGAAUUAGCGAUAACAUUUUACAAUAUGGUUCAAAAAACGAAUACUCAACGGAAUUUAAUAUUAAUAUUUUUAUUGAUCUGUCUUAUCUGUCUGUGUGUGUUUUGCAUGUGUCUGUAUUCAAAAUGUCUCCACAAUUACUAUAUAGCAAUACCAGUAAGUUUUGACAUUGUGAAGACAUUUUUGGUCCCCAUGAUGAAAACAGCUCAUUAAUUAUACAAAAAUGAUAUUUUGAAAAUGUAAAAGAUUGCAGAUUGUUUCCUGUGAGGGUUUGGUUUAGGGUUAGCAUUACGUCUUCAGGAGGUCUUCAUAAAAAUAGCUGUAAAAGUGUGGGCAGACCUUGUAUUCCUUAUGUUGUGUUGUGUGUAUGCGAGUUUCCCUAAUGUUAAAAUUAUGUAAAUGUAAAAAAAUUAAAGGGAUGGUUCACCUGAAACUGUAAUUUACCAUUUAUCAGUUUCUUUUUUUAAGGUACUUUGAAGAAUAUUGGAAAAAAAAUAAAAAUAAAAAAUUCUAUGGAAGUCAUUGGCUACUGGUUUUCCAACAUCCAAAAUAAUUUAUUUUGUUUUGUUGGUAUUUCUAUUUUUGUAUGAACCAUUUCUUUAAUUUAUUAUGAAUAAAUAAGAACAAAAGGACAUUUAUAAACUAACAUGAACCCACUGUAGAUUAAUACAUAUUAUGAACAUUGUUUUUCACUACUAGCAUCUAAUAUCAUAAUUAGUUAACUAAACUGUGUUAACAAAUCGAACCAAACUGUAAAGUGUUAUCGGUCAUGCAUAAUGACAGUGGUUAAAGCUGUUCAAUAUGACCCAGACACCACGCAAAGUAAAGCUUUUUUGACAUUUAUCUUUAAGCUGUGUCUACUCCCUCCAUGUGGGUGCUGAAUAUGAUCACAAUAAAUAGGUUAUGUGAAAGAAUUAUAGAUGAAAGAUAAACGCUAAUAGAGAGUUGUCAGCUAAUGGUGAAAUCAAUUCUGAUUUUAAAUGAUGACAACUUAAAACAGCCUAAAAUCCAAAUUUCUACCUCUAGAAUCACAUUUGCCACCUCUGGUUCUUAUAUUCUGAUGGCUCACUCAUCAAGUGAAUCCUUGGCUUACACAGAGUUCUGCAGAUGUACCUUAUUUACAAUGUACAAUGCCUUUUUAUGUUCCUAGAAAGGCUUAUGUAUUGACUUAUCUGUGUUUAGCACUGAUUUAUUAACAUGCUUUAGAAUGCAUCCAUGGCAACAUGGUGAAAUCUGACACAAUGGAAUCCUUGUUCCAGCUGUAGAUAGGAGUUAAAACUAGCAAAUUCACUUUAAGCUAUGACUUUGACAUGAAAUGAAAGUUGCAUAUAUGUCAAUGUGAUGUGAUGAUAUUUUAUUGAUAUUGCUUCAGUUUUCUAUUUUGAAUGUUAUUUCUGAGCCCUUUCCUCUGUGAUUGUAGCACUACAAUCAUUAUAAGCUAAUCAAUAAAACUACACGUGAAAAAGAUGUAUGUACACUGAGCAAAUGUCAGUUUACAACUGUGAUGUGUUCAUUUUGUGAAGAAAUGUGAAUAAUGUUAAAGGUCACUGCAGAUUUUUUCAAAGCACCUGACAAUUUUGAGAUUUUGGGGGUUUUCAUUGUGUAUUUUGAGUACAGUAAAGAACUAAAAUACACUUUUUAGAUUUUUGUUUUGUAACAGCAUAUCAGUGAAAGUCUGUAGAUUUAAAAUAAAUUAAUUUUUGUUUCUCUCCUA